CGGAGGCAUAAAGGAGGUAUAUAAGCGGAGGCACAGGGACGUUGCCGCGUAGUUCGCGCUGGGACCCGGAAGGCUGUGUUUUGUCUGUCGUACUGCGAGAUCACAUUGGGGAGAAAAUGGCAUCAGAUGAAGGAAAGCUCUUUGUUGGCGGACUCAGUUUUGACACCAACGAACAGUCACUGGAGCAGGUCUUCUCUAAAUAUGGGCAGAUCUCUGAAGUUGUUGUUGUAAAAGACAGAGAAACCCAGAGAUCCAGAGGGUUUGGAUUUGUCACCUUUGAGAACAUUGAUGAUGCAAAAGAUGCAAUGAUGGCCAUGAACGGGAAGUCUGUGGAUGGCCGCCAAAUCAGAGUUGAUCAAGCAGGCAAAUCGUCUGAGAAUAGAUCCCGUGGAUACAGAGGGGGUUCAGCUGGCGGCAGGGGCUUUUUUCGUGGAGGCCGGGGCCGGGGCCGGGGCUUCUCCAGAGGAGCUGGUGGGGACCGAGGCUAUGGCAGCAGCCGGUUUGAAUCUAGAAGUGGAGGAUACAGUGGAUCCAGAGACUACUAUGGCAGCAGCAGCAGGAGUCAAGGCAGCUAUGGUGACAGGCCUUCAGGAGGCUCCUACAGAGACAGCUAUGACAGUUAUGCUACACACAACGAGUAAAAAACCUUCCUGGCUCAAGAUCGUCCUUCCAAUGGCUGUAUUUAUAAAGAUUUUUGGAGCUUCGCUGAAUCGUUCUUGUGUAGUCAUCUCCUUUGUAUUCUCACUUUUGUAGUAAACUCAGUUCUGACCUUGUCAAAAAAAAAAAAAAAAAAAACACAGCCUGACAGCUUCUAAUAUGUGAUGGUCUGUUCAGACUCAAAAGAAAGCUCUGGGUUUUUCCUCUCGAGUGUUUUAACAUUUUUUUUAAAGCACUUCAGAUUUUAGUUUAUUUGUGAGGAGGUUUAGUGUGUGUGUGUGUCUUUUGGGUUUUUUUUAAAAAAGAAAGACCGGAAGGUUUUGGGGCCCCGUUUCUGUUUUUGUUUGUUUGAGCGGGAAAGGACCGUAAUUGUUCAGUAGAAGCUGAGGAAGCUGUGAACUCGGUUUGUUUAGUGUAUCAUUUUGUAACAAACUUUAGGGUAGCAAGGUAGGUGCUGCAGCCUGGGUAUGAAUUUAAAAGGCAAACCCACCUUGAUAUACCUAAAGAGAUACUUGCUUGUAUGUUCAACCUGCAUUAAGAGACUUUUACUUGUAUGCCAUAAAACUUAUCCCAGAAAGACUGCAAAUCUAAACUCACAAGAGGUUCAUAGAAAAAAAAUGUUUGUUUCUCUUGUCCUUUUUUUACUGGAAGAAAAGUAUGCCUAAUUCAAUUGAUGUUGUAAUUUUGAAGUGGUUAAAAAGGAUUUCUUGUACAGUUUUCCUUUUGGCUUCACGAAGCCUAUUAAAAGUCCAUCUGAAAAAAAA